UGUGCAACGGCCCCUGAGCGGCGACUAGGUCUCUCAGAUUGCUCUCGCUUGACUACCGUUGCUGUACACAUUGUUGAAGUGAAAGGAAAGUGGACAGCUUGAUCCUGCUUGUGGCAUGCACUGAGAGGAGUAAGUUCCCCACUGCUAUCUUUCUUAUGAUAAAACAAAAAUGUCAGUCUUAAAAUUAACUAUGUUGUCUGUGCUGGAUGAUCUGGUGCAGUUUGGAGACGUUGGGGCUUGGGGGUUUGAGGUUGGCGUGGGGUGGACGCUCUUGUCUGUGUUUUGGCAGGGGACUAGUGUGAAAGGAGCAGAGCUGAAAGAAAGAUUCACAGAGAGGCUCAGUGAAAGGCAUGUGCAGAAUGUGAUUGGGCACUAGAAAUGCAAGUGCAGAGCUGUAGUAAGAGAGGGAUCCAGAGGAACGGUUUAAAAGAGGAGGAUGUUUGUGGUGGAAGAUAAAAACUGAGGAGAAAUCAAAAGAAAGGUGAGAGAUGGAGAAAGGUGAAUUUAUUGUUUUUUCAUAGGAAGAGAGAAGCGAGGAUAGAGGGAAGGUUUACAGAGGUAAAAAUAGAGAAGGGGAAUGGAGGUGGGGAGAUUAAGAGAGAGAUCAAUUAGGGAGCUGAGAGAAGGAAGUAAGGAGAUAAAAAAAAUUAAGAAUGGAAGAAAGGGGUAAGGGGACAAGAGGAGAAGAGGGUAAUUUGAAAGGUGGGAACACCUGAUGUUGAUUUUACAGCUUGGGUAAUAUUGUCUAUAAUAAUGCUUUACAGACCAGCUUCUGACAAUCAUUGUUGGCAGAAAAUAAGUUGUCAAACCAAUGUUACAAGUUCACAUUUAAUAUUUUUUUCAGUCCUGGAUUUCAAACACGGCAAAAGGAAACCAGUAAGUACGUCAUCAUUCAGUUCUGCCCUCCUCUGUAGAUCAAAUAGUCUUAUCCCUUUUAGAAAUAAGAUUAGAGAGACUUAAGACGUGUGGGAGCCCCAGGAAAUUCUGCCUCAGUAUUAUGAAUGACCUGCCUGGGUACCAGACGUGUUUGUGCUAACCUUCCACUCCUUGCCACUCCUUGUCCUAUGCCAACAUGAAAAGGAGUUGCAUGAUGGCGCAAACAGAUCUGGGAUCCUGCUAAUGAAUGACCAAGAUGGCCUUCAAUAAUAAGAUCUACUGUCAGAAUUCUGAUUCAGUGUGCGGACAUUCAAUCCUCUACAAUACCCUGAAAACUAUUGCUAUAAAGAGUUGUCACUGCAAUUCAGAGAGUUAACAAAGAGAUAAAAGGACCUCGGUAUGAUACUGAGGUAUGGGAAAAGGUAACCUGACCCAUGUCAUUGGUGUGGCCUUGCUCUUUUGGAACAGACAGAGACCACUGGUAUUCCUGUGUGGCACAGUGGAGCGGGAAGACUGGCCGGAGGACACCGGUUAAACUCAGGUGGUGGGUGCCACAUUACAGCGGAGAGGAACCCUAAUGGUUCCCCACUGUGGAAGAACAGACACUACAUUGAUACCAUAGAGGCGGCAAGCUGCAGUUGAGCCGGAGACAGGUGGGCCGGUAAGGGUACGGUAGUGGUGACACCUUGGGGCUGAGCUGGUGUGCCGAUAGGAGGAGGAGGAAGGAAACUGACGUGGGCCUGGAGCCCAGUGAGAGCCAGGAUGGCCGAGCAGAAAGUUAGGUAACCACCAUUACAAUAACUCUUCCCCUAGAACCUUGAGGAUUCAAUCUAACUAUAGAGUGAAAGUAGGAAACAUUUUGUGUUGCUCUAUGUUAACAUUGUGCAUUUACAUAGUGUUUAUGUCUGUGUCUUUCCGUGUGUGUGUGUGUGUGUAUGUAUGUAUGUAUCUGUUUGUGUGUGUGCCUGUGUUCCUGUUUGUCUGUGUUUUUGAAUGGAUUUGUGUCCCUCGGGUGGCUUGCGUGGGUGUGUGUGCUUGUGUUUUGUGUUUUCCACAGCCUCCCUGCUAAGCUGAUUAAUGGGGGCGUGGCAGGGCUGGUGGGUGUAACCUGUGUGUUUCCUAUUGAUCUGGCCAAGACCCGCCUACAGAACCAGCAGGGUGCCCGAGUCUACACCGGGAUGUGAGUACUGCCUUGGCUCCUCUUUUAUUUUAUUCACACAAGGGACUUGAGACACUUCCUGUCCUCCGUCUUUGAGACGGGGAGACGCUCCUUUUGAAACAGGUUUUCCCUUGUGGGAUGAAUACAGUUUAUUGAACUGGAAGAAAGAGAGAAUAGUUCUGUUUUGACUCAUGCACUCAGUAAUUGUUCACAAGUAAUCAGACUAAGCUGUCCAUGAGGGCAGAUUGGGUCAAACAUGUUUUUGCACAUCUGCAUUCAAAACAAGCGUUUGGUGCUGUAUUGGUGAGCGCUAUAUUUACAGAGUGGCUUCCACAAUAAAUCAGACAGGGAAAAUAGCUUAUUCUUGGCUCUAUGGUAUUAGUUCUUGACAUUCUUGGUUCUACUGUCUAGUACAGACAGCUGUCUAUCUCUAUACAUCUGUACAGAUAAGACAGUGCUAUGGCAACACAGGGUUGAGUGGGCAUUAUGCCUAUAUUUACCUUGGUGAAGACAGAAUUUUGGCCCAGUGAGUUACUGAUUGGCACAGGAGUGAUCCUUUGGCAUCAUGUCUACUCCUGGUCUUUUAAUUAAGUAACAAUUUCGUACAGUGACGGAAAAAAGUAUUUGAUCCCCUGCUGAUUUUGUACGUUUGCCCACUGACAAAGACAUGAUCAGUCUAUAAUUUUAAUGGUAGGUUUAUUUGAACAGUGAGAGACAGAAUAACAACAACAAAAUCCAAAAAAACGCAUGUCAAAAAUGUUAUAAAUUGAUUUGUAUUUUAAUGAGGGAAAUAAGUAUUUGACCCCUCUGCAAAACAUGACUUAGUACUUGGUGGCAAAACCCUUGUUGGCAAUCACAGAGGUCAGACGUUUCUUGUAGUUGGCCACCAGGUUUGCACACAUCUCAGGAGGGAUUUUGUCCCACUCCUCUUUGCAGAUCUUCUCCAAGUCAUUAAGGUUUCGAGGCUGACGUUUGGCAACUCGAACCUUCAGCUCCCUCCACAGAUUUUCUAUGGGAUUAAGUUCUGGAGACUGGCUAGGCCACUCCAGGACCUUAAUGUGCUUCUUCUUGAGCCAGUCCUUUGUUGUCUUGACUGUGUGUUUUGGGUCAUUGUCAUGCUGGAAUACCCAUCCACAACCCAUUUUCAAUGCCCUGGCUGAGGGAAGGAGGUUCUCACCCAAGAUUUGACGGUACAUGGCCCCGUCCAUCGUCCCUUUGAUGCGGUGAAGUUGUCCUGUCCCCUUAGCAGAAAAACACCCCCAAAGCAUAAUGUUUCCACCUCCAUGUAUGACAGUGGGGAUGGUGUUCUUGGGGUCAUAGGCAGCAUUCCUCCUCCUCCAAACAUGGCGAGUUGAGUUGAUGCCAAAGAGCUCGAUUUUGGUCUCAUCUGACCACAACAAUUUCACCCAGUUCUCCUCUGAAUCAUUCAGAUGUUCAUUGGCAAACUUCAGACGGCCCUGUAUAUAUGCUUUCUUGAGCAGGGGGACCUUGCGGGCGCUGCAGGAUUUCAGUCCUUCACGGCGUAGUGUGUUACCAAUUGUUUUCUUGGUGACUAUGGUCCCAGCUGCCUUGAGAUCAUUGACAAGAUCCUCCCGUGUAGUUCUGGGCUGAUUCCUCACCGUUCUCAUGAUCAUUGCAACUCCACGAGGUGAGAUCUUGCAUGGAGCCCCAGGCCAAGGGAGAUUGACAGUUAUUUUGUGUUUCUUCCAUUUGCAAAUAAUCGCACCAACUGUUGUCACCUUCUCACCAAGCUGCUUGGCGAUGGUCUUGUAGCCCAUUCCAGCCUUGUGUAGGUCUACAAUCUUGUCCCUGACAUCAUUGGAGAGCUCUUUGGUCUUGGUCAUAGUGGAGAGUUUGGAAUCUGAUUGAUUGAUUGCUUCUGUGGAUAGGUGUCAUUUAUGCAGGUAACAAGCUGAGAUUAGGAGCAUUCCCUUUAAGAGUGUGCUCCUAAUCUCAGCUCGUUACCUUUAUAAAAGACACCUGGGAGCCAGAAAUCUUUCUGAUUGAGAUGGGGUCAAAUACUUAUUUCCCUCAUUAAAAUGCAAAUAAAUUUAUAACAUUUAUGACAUGCGUUUUUUCUGGAUUUUUUUGUUGUUAUUCUGUCUCUCACUGUUCAAAUAAACCUACCAUUAAAAUUAUAGACUGAUCAUUUCUUUGUCAGUGGGCAAACGUACAAAAUCAGCAGGGGAUCAAAUACUUUUUUCCCUCACUGUAACUGCUCAUGAAGUUGAUCACAUCAAUGGAAAAUCACAAUGCGAACCAAAUGUGAACCAAUUAAAGGAAGGUGUCCAUCAAUUAUCUUUGCGUUUGUAGUGUGUAGCUGUGUUUAAGUGAUACUGAACAACCAACAUUCAGCUAUGUAGGGUUUAUGUUAAGAUUGACAAGACACUGUAUUGUAAGGAAAAGCAAAUUACUUACAUGGUAUUCAUUUUUCAUAAUUUUUUUAUUUGAUUUUAUUAUUAUUAAAUAUUCAAACAUACAAUCUACUUGCAGUGAAGCCGUUCAACAUUUACAUUACAUUCAGGUAUUCAUUGUUUAUGCAUGGUCAAUAAGCAUCAGUUAUAAAUGUUAUAAGAUAAAUCAUGAAUUUCAUAGAUGGAAUUCUUCAGAAAGUUCACCCAAACUGAUUUUACCUUAAUAUUUCUCCUUUUGAUGUGAAGGCUGGACUGUUUGACGAAGACAGUUAAGAUGGAAGGCUACUUUGGGAUGUAUCGAGGUACUAUUUCCCUGGAUUAAUGUAAUGUACAAUUCUGUGUUUUGAGUUUAGCUAACAUUGCCUAAAUUGACAUAGCUGCGGUAAACCUUGUAUUGUACUUUUUUAAAGUAUCAAGCACUUACAGUUAGUAACUAGCCCAGAGCUAAUCAUAUGGAAGUGCAGUGCAGGGGAAGGUUUUGUGUAUGAUGUUAACUGUAGUUUAUGUGUUGCUAUAAUCAAUUACCCCCCCCCCCCCCCCCCCCCCCCCUCCCCUCCCCUCCCCAGGUGCAGUAGUGAAUCUCACUCUUGUCACACCAGAGAAAGCCAUCAAACUGGCAGCAAAUGAUAUCUUCAGACAGAAGCUCUCCAAGGAUGGGUAACUCACUUUUUGUCCUAGUACAGCACCUACACUUUUCACGAUUCAACUGAAAGAUACUUAAACUGAAACACUUUUUGGGGCAGGGGACCCCUUUUGUGAUAGCACAUUCAUCAGGGACCCCCUCAUAAUCAGAACACAACUCGAUUGAGUUAACAAUAGCAUGGCUAGGAUGAAUAAAGUUUUGGGCCCUGGGAAUGAACAUUUUAAAGGCCCACCUCUUGGCACCAGAGAGAAAAUGUUGCAAUUCAAGCUAAUUUCCUGCAGUACAGAUUUUGUCAUGUGGCAGAGAGAUUUUUUGUUGUUGCAGCUUUAAAGGUAAUAUCCUGCAAAGAGAGAAAAUUUUGCAGUUUUUAAAGCAAAACAAAAUACAGUGCAUUUAUGUACUGGAAAACAAGAAGUAUUGAGUUGAAAAUUGAUAAUUGGUGGAGUACUGUGGAUACCAAUAUCCCUCCCAGGCCCGUGUUGCCCAGGGUUAAGAACAUAAAUUGUAGAUGAAUAAUCUUACAUUGUAUUGUAUUACACCCUCUAAACGUAUUCCACGGAUCCCUUGGCCAAACGUAGUUUAAUCUGUUGUCAUCAGUAAUAUUCAUUUAAAACAAAUAAAGGCCCAGUGCAGUCAAAAAUUUGAUUUUCCUGUGUUUUAUAUAUAUUUCCACACUGUGAGGUUGGAAUAAUACUGUGAAAUUGAUGAUAAUGCCCUUUUAGUGCAAGUGCUGUUCGAAAAGACUGCCUGAAAUGUCAGCCUGUUUUGGUGGGAUGGAGUUUUGGCCUGCCUGGUGACAGUUAAUAGACCAAUAAGAAAGAGAGUCCCAAACCUCUCUGCCAAUAACAGCUAAUUUUCAGUUUCCCCUCCCCAUUCAGACCACUCCCAGACAGUUCUAGCAAAAUUCUUGCUUGAGAAAUUGCUCUUUUUAAGAAGCUAUUUUUGUUUAUUUUUGCCCAUCUUAAAGUGGCAAUAUGUACAUUUUUGGGCGACCAGACCAAAUUCACACAGAAAUGUGAGUUAUAGAUCUAUCAUUCUACUUGAAAGCAAGUCUAAGAAGCGGUAGAUACUGUAUGUUCUAUGUGCGCUAUUUCUAUGCUUCCUGUUCUUAAGUUUUGUUUUUGUGUCUUUUACUUUCGGUUUUGUACACCAGCUUUAAGCAUUUGAAACAACAAUAUUUUUGGUUAUGGAAAAUAUAUUUCACAGCGGUUUAGAUGGUACAAUAUUUUGUCACAUAAACUGAAAUUAGGUGAAUUAUUAGAGUAUUAGCAACCAGGAAUUGGCGUAGCGAUUUCUGCAUAGUGCAACUUUAAUUGAAAACAAUCACAGUAAGGUACUUAAUUGUUACCCAGAAAUGAUUUGAUAUUUAGAUAAAAACGGCCGCAUUGGACCCCACUUCGAGAACCCCUGCCUUAGAGCACUUAUUUAUCCAAAAAGAUCAUGAGGUGGAUAAUCCUUAGUUAACAUAACAUUCAUGUAAUAAAGUCAAACAAUCUAAGGUGCUAUUGCUACAGUGCACUGUCUAUUUAUCAGAGUGGUGGUGCCAUUGCUAUGUGUCGUUUAUUAGCCUAACUCAGUCAUUUUGUCCCACAGGAAAUUGCCCCUAUGGGGGGAGAUACUUGCAGGAUGUGGGGCGGGGACGUGCCAGGUGAUAGUGACCACACCAAUGGAGAUGCUCAAGAUCCAGUUGCAAGAUGCAGGAAGGUUGGGUGAGUUCUGUGAACCAUUUGUCCUUAGGCCACAGCUCAGUGUGCUAGGCAGUGAUAAUGACUCAGCUGCUGAAGUUUUUUGACACUGAUAUGGUGUGUGUGUGUGUGUGUGUGUCACAGCUGCCAUAACCAGAGUGGUCCAAGCAGCUCCUGGUCCAGCACCGUCAUUGGUGGCCCCCCCUCCAGCCCAGCCUACCCCUCCACCACGGACCACUGCCAUCCGUAUCACCCUGGAGCUACUGAAGACACGCGGCCUGCCUGGCCUCUACCGGGGAGCAGGAGCCACACUGAUGAGGUCAAACACUCUCUCUGUUUCUCUCAAAUUCACAUAGGCAACAGCAUACAAAGUCGAACACUGAAUGAAUGAUAUUAGACAAACUGUACGUGUGUGUGUCAAACGUACGUACUCACUCACUCAUUCACUCCCUGUGGGCCAAGCACACACACACACACAAACACGCACACAAACAUGUUUCUCUUGUUCAGUUCUGAGUAAUCCUGAACUGAGGUAACCUGCUAGACUCACUGUCAGGCCUGAUUUGUCUCAUUGCCUCAUUACUGGUGAUUAGUUCGUGGCAAAGACCUUCAGAUUUACUUCUGGUUAAGGCUACCUCAUUUACGUACACAACAUAUCGCAUCACUCUGUUCAAAUAAGUUGUAUCUUACGGUAUGUGGGGUCUGACUGGCACCCUGGUUAAUCAAGCCCAACAUAAAUCAAUAGGUUAUUGCAGUUAUGUCUGGCAGGGUUAAUCCUGCUGUGGACUGAGGUAUGCCUCUGUUAUUUUUUCUUUUCCAGGGACGUCCCUUUCUCUAUGAUCUACUUCCCACUGUUCGCCAACCUGAACGCGCUGGGCCGGGGAGGGCCGGGUAGCCAUGGAGACCUGCAAGAGCGGGCCCCCUUCCUGCAGUCCUUCACGGCAGGCUGCACAGCCGGAUCAGUGGCAGCUGUAGCUGUCACACCACUGGACGGUGAGAGAGACGGAGGCAGGGAAGGGCUGGGGGAGCCCCAUAAAGGAGAGAUAAACCACUGUAUUCUCAGUGUCAUUCAGUAACGUACACGUUAUUCAGUAGCAGCACAUGUUGUUCAGUCCUACACUGUAACGUCCACAAUAAAACCAUCUAAUCCUUAUGUAGAUGUCAUACAGGGACAGUUUGUAAGGGCUAAAUCCUGUGUCGGGUUGGGGUUGCAGAGGCUAUUGAAUUUGAUUAGCGGAUUACAAUUAAAUGAUAUCCCAAGUGCAAUAGAAUGAACUACAGUAUUAUCAAUAACUCAGGAAUCCCAGAGCACAAUGAUACCCUCAUUGUCUGUACUUUAUAAAGAAGGGCAGUUGAGUUGACAUUGAUUUCUGUGUGUGUGUGUUUGUUGGCAGUCAUAAAGACUCGUAUACAGACCUUGCAGAAGGGGGAGGGGGAGGACACAUACCGAGGCAUUGUUGACUGCACACGGUAAGGCAUGCACUGUAAAACCCACACGUCUGCUACUCCAAUGGGUAUGUGUAAACCUUUCGCUGACAGCAGGUUUCUCACCUUUCCAUAGGCGGAUCUGGAGUAAAGAGGGCCCAGCAACAUUCCUCAAGGGGGCGACGUGUCGCGCUCUGGUCAUUGCCCCUCUCUUCGGCAUCGCACAGGGGGUCUACUUUCUGGGCGUAGGAGAGCAGUUGCUAGGGCUACUGGGAUAGCAGCAGAAUGCGGCAGUGACCCUUUACUGUAUAGAACAUACUGCUUCAUUCAGCAGUGAAAAUGAAUGGAGGGAGAGAGGAGAGUGGGGCCCUAACUGUAUGAGCACUGAGUACAUGGAGAGAGAGCGAGAGAAAUACCGAAAGAGAGGUCACAAUCAGCUAACCAAAUGAUGAAAAAAAGAGGAAGAGUGUGAAAGAUGUGGAGGCUCUAACUACUAACAUGGGAAACAACAUUGCACACUAAUUAUGUUUGUCUAGAUUUCUAAAAGUUGUAAGCAGGGUUCUAUAGGUUUUAAACAGGCUCCUGAGUGUUUAUGUAUGUGUCUAAUCUGGAGGUGUCUCAGCCAGGUUGGUGUCUUGGGGUUGUAUUUUCAACCAGAGAGUUAACUCUCCAUGGUUCUUAUGCAGAAGGGUCCUUGAGUUUGCCAUCACUAAGGAAGUUGCCAAGCUAUUGUGUUAUUUGUUUGACAAUAGCACUGUAUGUAAGUGACAAAAUCCUCUUGAAAUUUGUUUUCAAACUAUCAAAUAUUUGUAUGAAUGUUGUAUAAUGUUGACUAUAUUACCAUGUCUAAACUAGAAUUAGGCCCGCAUUUCAAAGCAAAUGGUUUACCUUUCAGAGAGAUAUCCUUUUUGUUUUGUUUUAUGAAAAAGGAUUUAACCUCCACAUUAGCUCAGUGAGUUCCUAUCCCAUCCGUGAGUCCAGAGUUGUAAUCUUGGACUCCUCCUGUGUCAAGCACUGCCAGUUAACUGUAUAGGGUCAGUUGUUAAUGCUUUAAUCCUAUCUCUGUACUGUAACCCACUAAACAGCCAGGCUCCUCGCCUACAGAUUAGACUGCUGGGCCUGCACUCUGAGGCCUUACCUUCCUGUUCACCAUAACUCUGAGGCUCAGAAGCAAACCUCCUUUACCUGUAUUACUGUUAGCUUAACUUUUUUUAAUGCUUCUUUGAAUGACAUGUCAUUUACACAAUAAAAAUAAAGCCUUAUUUUGCUGAUGGAGUCUCUUGUUCAAAACAUUUAACUUGUGCAUGAAUCUUAAAAUUUGGAAUUCAGCAGAAUUUUAAAAAGUGUUGAAAUGUUUGGUGUUGGCUGUAUUGAUGUACAAUGAAGUUGAGCCUAUGAUAAGAUCCAUUUUAAAGCACUCAGUUCUUGCGAAGUUUCUAUGGUGUAAAUCCACUAGGUGGCAAUAAAAGCAUUUAGUUUUUUACAUUUUUAAUGCUGAACACUACAUUUUAUGAUGGGGCUGGAAUAACUAUUUGAUUAUUAAUUGGAGAGAACAAUCUGAUUUGAAUGAACAUUCUGUUUAC